UGGAACAGCAGCCGUCUGAAGUCCCGCCUUCGGAUACUCCUGGUGGCUCGCGUGCACGGCGCACCCCAUCACCCACUCCAACGGACUCGUCGCUGCCGUCGAGUUCAGCGCACAGGUCGCUGAGCAGCCAGGAUCUUAGUGCAGGCGGCGAGGAGCUUCGCAGCAUGACCGCAUCAAUGGAGCAGUUGGCUAUGGUAGAUCCCCCUCCGGUCCAGCGUCGCGUCGCCCGGGCGGCUUCUCCCUCCGCACCCUUGGCAAAGACCCAGCGGUCCUCAUCCGGUCGUCGCAGGGCUCCCGCAAAUUAUGCGGCAGCCGCAGCCGAGCGCCGCUCCCCACCACCGGCUAAUCCUACCCGGGGAUCAAUGCGGGGCCGUGCCAAAGCGACCGCAAGGCCUGGUCCCUCCACAUCCAGGUCCGGUCCUUCCCAACCCCCGGCCCGUGGGGCCGCCUCAUCAAGAGCUAGUCGCGGCCGUGGUCGCAGCGCUGCGCGUACCAGCGCUGGUUCGCUACCCCAGGUUGACACCAGUCAGCUGCCGGAGGAAACCCCAAAAGGGUUCUCCCACUACCUUAUACACCGCCACCCGUGGGCGCGCUUCGUUAAUCCACGGCCGAUCCGCAUGGUUCGCGAUAACCCCCCGCAAGUUCACAAUAACCUGAACACGGAGGGAUACCGCCACCUGCCCGACUGUGGGUAUAUGUCGCUGCGCUUCAAUAAGUCCUUGUUCCCCCGUGUGGUGUUCAAUGAAAAGAAGCCGCCAACGUCGGUUCCUUUUCUCGAACUCCAGCACUUGGAGGACACAGUUGCUUUUCGUUCGCGCUCCGAACGCGUCCUUGAGGAAGUGCUGGGCAGGACUUACGUCGACGUCGACGUGGCCGACGUCCAGCCAACCUCUCCCUCGGGCCAUCCCCUAC